GUAUAGACGAUAACGUAGAUAUGGUGAAAUUUCUGGUGGAAAAUGGAGCCAAUAUUAAUCAACCAGAUAAUGAAGGCUGGAUACCUCUCCAUGCAGCUGCUUCCUGUGGAUAUCUUGAUAUAGCAGAGUAUUUAAUUAGUCAAGGAGCACAUGUAGGAGCUGUAAAUAGUGAAGGAGACACUCCAUUAGAUAUUGCUGAAGAAGAGGCAAUGGAAGAGCUGCUACAAAAUGAAGUAAAUAGACAAGGAGUUGAUAUCGAGGCAGCUCGCAAAGAAGAGGAGCGGAUCAUGCUCCGAGACGCAAGGCAGUGGCUCAACAGCGGCCACAUAAACGAUGUCAGGCACGCGAAAUCCGGCGGCACCGCGCUGCACGUGGCUGCUGCCAAGGGCUACACUGAGGUCUUAAAGCUUUUAAUCCAGGCUCGCUACGAUGUAAAUAUUAAAGAUUACGAUGGCUGGACACCACUUCAUGCUGCUGCUCAUUGGGGUAAAGAAGAAGCAUGUCGCAUUUUAGUGGAAAACCUUUGUGAUAUGGAGGCUGUCAACAAAGUGGGGCAGACAGCAUUUGAUGUGGCAGAUGAAGAUAUUCUAGGAUAUUUAGAAGAAUUACAAAAGAAGCAGAAUCUGCUUCAUAGUGAAAAACGGGAGAAGAAAUCUCCCCUGAUUGAAUCCACAACCAUGGAUAAUAAUCAGACACAAAAAACUUUCAAAAACAAAGAAACUUUGAUUAUGGAGCAAGAAAAGAAUGCAUCAAGUAUAGAGUCUCUGGAACAAGAAAAAGCAGAUGAGGAGGAAGAGGGAAAGAAGGAUGAAUCCAGCUGUUCUAGCGAAGAAGAUGAUGAUGAUGACUCAGAAUCUGAAGCAGAGACAGAUAAGACCAAACCCUUGGCCUCUGUAACUAACAAUGCGAAUACCAGCAGUGCUCAGUCGGCGUCUGGAGCUGUGACGGCACCUUCGGGAACCGGUGGUCAAGGGCCACCUUCAUCACCUGUUAAAAAGUUUCCAACRUCAUCAACCAAGGUUUCUCCCAAAGAGGAGGAGAGGAAAGAUGAAUCUCCAGCUUCUUGGCGGUUGUGUCUUCGAAAAACUGGUAGUUACGGUGCCCUCGCAGAGAUUACUGCUUCCAAGGAAGCUCAGAAAGAAAAGGACUCUGCGGGGGUCAUGCGCUCCGCUUCAAGCCCUAGACUCUCCUCUUCGUUGGACAACAAGGAAAAGGAAAAAGAUGGAAAAGGAACUAGACUUGCUUACGUUGCGCCAACAAUACCAAGACGACUGGCCAGUACCUCUGAYAUUGAUGAAAAAGAAAACAGGGAGUCAUCUGCUAGCUCAAUACGUGGUGGCAGUUCAUACACAAGAAGAAAAUGGGAGGAAGAUGCUAAGAAAAACAGUUUGAAUGAAGGUCCUACAUCAUUAAACACAAGCUAUCAAAGAAGUGGCUCCUUUGGUAGAAGACAAGAUGAUUUGAUUAGUUCUAGCGUUCCAAGUACUACAUCAACAGUUACCUCUUCGGCUGGUCUUCAGAAGACACUGCCCGCCAGCACAAACACUACUACAAAGACUACAACGGGUUCUACUUCGGCAGGUGUACAAAGCAGUACCUCAAAUCGUUUGUGGGCUGAGGAUAGUACUGAGAAAGACAAGGACAGUGUUCCUACAGCAGUGACCGUUCCUGUUGCACCAUCUAUUGUAAAUGCUACAGCCACUACCACAGCCAUGACUACAGCUACUUCUGGCACUGUGUCCUCAACAUCAGAGGUCAGGGAGAGACGGAGAUCAUACCUCACUCCAGUAAGGGAUGAAGAGUCAGAGUCCCAAAGAAAAGCUAGAUCCAGGCAAGCAAGGCAGUCCAGAAGAUCUACACAGGGUGUAACAUUGACAGAUCUUCAAGAGGCUGAAAAAACUAUAGGAAGAAGUCGCCCCACACGAACCAGAGAACAGGAGAAUGAAGAAAAAGAAAAAGAGGAGAAAGAAAAGCAAGAUAAAGAAAAGCAAGARGAAAAGAAAGAAUCUGAAACGAAAGAUGAUGAUUAUAGACAAAGAUAUUCCCGAACUGUUGAAGAGCCAUAUCAUCGCUAUAGACCAACUUCAACUUCAGCUUCUUCGUCAUCCACCUCUUCGCUCACCACCUCCACUAGCUCGCUUUCAACUUCAAGUCAACUAAACAGACCAAACAGCCUUAUAGGUAUAACUUCUGCCUAUUCUCGGAGCGGAACAAAGGAAGGUGAGAGAGAAGGAGGCAAAAAAGAGGAAGAAAAGGAGGAAGAUAAGUCACAAACUAAAUCAAUAAGGGAAAGACGGCGACCAAGAGAAAAACGACGACCUACAGGAGUCUCUUAUUGGACUCAAGAUAGUGAUGAAAAUGAACAGGAGCACCAGUCAGAUUCAGAAGAAGGAACAAAUAAGAAAGAAACUCAGAGUGACAGCCUUUCAAGGUAUGAUACAGGAUCCCUCAGCGUCUCGUCAGGCGACCGCUACGAUUCAGCGCAGGGGCGAUCGGGCUCCCAGAGCUACCUUGAAGAUCGAAAACCCUACGGCAGCAGACAAGAGAAGGAAGAUAGCACUGAUUUUAAGAAGCUUUAUGAACAGAUUCUAGCUGAAAACGAAAAACUGAAAGCACAGUUACAUGAUACCAACAUGGAACUUACAGAUCUUAAACUACAGUUGGAAAAGACCACUCAGAGACAAGAAAGAUUUGCUGACAGAUCACUCUUGGAAAUGGAGAAAAGGGAAAGAAGAGCUCUAGAAAGAAGGAUAUCUGAAAUGGAAGAAGAACUGAAAAUGCUUCCAGAUCUGAAGGCAGACAACCAGAGGCUAAAGGAUGAAAACGGGGCCUUGAUCAGAGUUAUAAGCAAACUUUCCAAAUAAAGGGUUUACUGCAGCAGCAAAUCACGGUAUUGCACAUCACUAGUAACUCCAGUGGACCAUAGUGUGGCAGUCACUGGAAGUGUGGGAAGAUCCCCUGGAGACUGUCAUUUUCAGAUAUCCUGCCAAACGCCCUCUUACGUGUAUGUUUUUUUGUAUCAAGAUCAUUGUUUCUGUUAAAAUGCAGCUGCUGAGAAGAUAAAAUGACUGAGAAAUCUUGUUUACAGCUACAGCGUAAUAAGGAAAGUGUUCAAGGCCAGAUACGCCUCAGAUAUUUAACCAGUAAGCCUUAGUUGUACAUAAACACUUUUACAUCAACAAAAGCUUUCAGCUCUCACAGAAGACAGUUACUCAAUAACGUUUUUGUUGUGCCACAAUUCCCAUUUUUUUUUCUAUACUCAGUUUUUCUUUAAAUCUUAAGUUUGGAUUUGUUUUUGUUUUUUCCCUUCUAAUUAUUCAUGUACCAGAUUUUCUUGUACAGUGUUUUCACAGCUUUACCAUUUGCAGAGACCACACACCCUUUUAAAUUACAUAUUUGUGUAGCUACCUAGAGUUGUGUUGUCCAGCCACCUGGAACAGAGAUGUUUGGUGGAACAUUUGCUUUCACUGUUUGUGCAAUAUGCAUUUAUUUCCUAUACAAAAUGCUUUAAAAGUCAGUUGAAACUAGAAUUAUUUUAAGAGUCCUGUUUUCUUCCUUUAUUGGUCACUUUAAAAAAAAAAAUUUAAAAAAAAAAGAAGUUUGUAGUGAGAGAUGUUAGAUCCUGUAACUGUCACGUUCAUUUGAGCAGGUACUGAGUGAUGCUGUAUAUAUAAAUGUGUACUGGUUUGAUUUUUCAGACCACCACGUGGCAUGCUUGAAUAUAUUUCCCUAUUGCAAAUGUCUGUUAAUGCAAUUAGGCUACUCCAGAAUAGUGUGUUUAACAAAGUUCAUUAAUUUUUAUGGUAUAAAGGAUUUAGACAUUGUACAUUGUAUGGAGCCCUAUCUUUGCAAAAGGUCUAAACUAUAUAAAAUACUUUAUUAUCUUUUCCUCCCAUUUUUUUUUCAUUUGAUAGUGUUCACCAUAAUAAAAAUUGCAUAAAUAUAACUGCUUCACUACAUUUCACAUACCUGUAUUUAUCUGAGUGCUGUCCAAAACUGUUGUGCUAGCCAAAGUAAUGUUACUAAAUCAUUGAAAAACGUAACCCAUUACACUCACAUUAAUGUUUAUAUGCACUGUUGUUGCCAUGUGAGAAGGCAUCUAAUUUGAUAACACCAUCAUGUCAGACCAUUUUAUACAUUUCAGUGGCCUUUAAAAACGAAACAAGUACUUUAAGUGAAGAUCGCUUUUGUUAGAAACAAACAGCUUUUAUAUUUUCACUAAACCAUUCAAAAUAUGACAUCUUAUUGGCACAUAGUUCAUUGCCUAAAACCACUGAACAGAUCAGCCAUUAAAACAAAUUGUACAUUGUAAAGCUUGUAGUAGCUAUUGUAUUAUUGAUUAUAUUGUAUACUAUAUUAAAUGUGAAUUUGUACCCCUUCGUUUAAAAAGGUCAUUGUGUCCUACUGCCUACUUGGGGGGCCGGGGGUAGUUUUAUGGGGGUGGGCUGCGUUUUGGUAAGGAAGACAUGAUGUCCUCUCUCUGUUGAUUGGUUUUUUGAAGAUGUAAGGUUAUGCUCUUACUACCAAGCUCAGGAUUCUUGAUUUUAAAGGUACACGGAUAGUUUGAGGUAUCUUGUUGUAAUGGAUCUGUGUGAGAGGUGGCUCUGAAACCACAGGGAACUUCCCUUGUCGCGUGCUAACGUCAAAUGAGCAACGGAUUGAACAGUUUGAAUGGCUGCAACGUAUUGAGUUCUGUUACAAGACAGUUAGGCAUAUUCUGGAUUAUAUUUGGUAAAGUUUGGGUGCCUGUGAAUGAUUAAAUACG